AUGGAGAACCAACACAUCGACUUUGACGGGGCCAUCUACGGCGUAGACGGCACCUUCGACCCAUCUUUUGAUCCCAACCGACAAACGUUCACUUUCCCACAAACCUGGCCGCUGCCCAUCUCACCCGGCAGUAUGCAUCAACAACAGCACCACGAUGCUAGCCAGCAGCAGCAACCCCAGCAGCACCAGUCGCAGCAACAACAUCAGCACCAUCAGCGACGUAUCACCGAUUCCAGCACCUCGAGCACACACAGCUCCCACGCGAGCUCGACGAGCAUGACUCCCCCCCACCAGAACAUGGGCCUUGGUUUCCCCGCCGCCAUGCAACCCAUGAACCCCAUGCUAGCCACCUGGAUGAACAUCAACACCGACGGCGGCUUCACUCAGGACACCUAUGCACAGGGCGCCAUGACCAUGAGUGCCGACUUCACUGCCUCGUACGGCGGGCCAUUGCAGUCGCCUGUCGAGUUUGGCAUCAACUCGCAUGUUAUGAUGAACUCCAUGUCCAUGGCCCCCAUGAACUUCAUGACUACCACCAGCAUGGAGCUUCCCACUCUGACCACUGCUCCCUUCCAGAUGCCAGACUUCCAGAGCGAGUUCACAAACAUCUCGAGUGCACCCGACUAUGCCACAAACUCCAACGCCGCCACUGCAAACAGCGUCUCCACUGGCUCACCGGGCGAGAGCUGGAUGGAGAUCCGUUCACUCUCGAGCAGUGACAACGGCUGGGUCGACAUCGGCUUCAACCACCGCAACUCGUACGACUACCCUGAAAACUCUGCCAUCAUCUUCAACCCAGCUCAGUCGCUCCACAUUCGUGCUGGUUCCGACUCAUCUACCUCAAAUCACUCUGAUGUGCCUCGCUCAGCUCACUCUACUAGCAGCUUCGAGGAGAUUCAGUUCCCCAUGCACUCGCCCCAGUCAGAGACCGACAACACCCUAGACCUCAUCCACUCCCACUCCUACUCAGAUCACUGCAGCCACGGUCACGGAUACACGCUCAGUGAUCACGACUUCCCCAGCUACAUCUCCCCCACACAGUCUGUGAGCCCUCCCAUGGCUCGCGUAGAGCCAAUCGUCAUCAAGCAAUUGUCGUCAAGCACUGCCUCGCCAACCUCGUCGGCAGUCAGCUCCCCGCCAGCCCGCCGUAGGAAGUCUCCCACCACUGCGUCAGGAUCAAAGCCUACCAAGACCAUUGUCAAGAAGACGCCUGCAAACACCAACAAGAAGGACAACACUGGUGAGAAGCGUGUUGGCAGGAGACGUGGCCCUCUCAGGCCCGAUCAGCGCCAGCAAGCUCAUGAGAUCCGUAAGCUCCGUGCGUGCCUACGAUGCAAGUUCCUCAAGAAGACGUGUGACAAGGGUGAUCCGUGCGCUGGUUGCCAGCCAUCUCAUGCGCGACUCUGGCAGGUCCCGUGCACACGCAUUGACAUUAAGGAUAUUGCCUACUUUAUGAAAGACUGGAAGGCCGACUACGAGCGUCACGUCAGCCUUGGCUUUUCUAUUGGCAACAUCAAAGGUUUCUCGACUGCAGAGCGUUUGAUCUACGUCACCCACGGCUAUGGCCACUACCUCCCCAUCAUGGCUCGCGAGGUCUACGUCCGUGAUGAGAAGUGCUUCGGUGUCGACUGGCACGAGACUCUUAACGGUCUCCACUUUGAGAUCAACACUGCCAAGCUGUCCGCCGGUAUGGAGGGCAUCCCUCGUGCCAUGCUCUCCGACUAUCUUGAUCGCCACAUUGAUGGUGGUUUCGAGCAGUUUGUUGAUGAGUACUUUGAGGGUACCUACUUCGUCACUGAGCUCUUGAAGACUGCCUACCGCUUCUACUGCCGCGAGAAGCUUCCAGUCAUUCGCAAGGCACUUAAGCUUGUCCUUGCCUACAACCUGACUCUCCAUGUCACCAUGGUUGAGGGUUUGGGUGAGGAGGAGAAUGUCCCUGGCAAGGUCGAAGACCAGCAAUCCAAGUUCUCUGGAAAGACCAUUGCACCUGUCAUGAUCAACUUCCAAGUCAAGUGUGCUCUUGCCGACAUGUGGCGCGAGCUGCAAAAGGACGUCCUUGAGGAGCUGUCUUCGCUCUACCAGUCCGUUUACAGCGGUGACAAGUUGAAGAACUGGCCUACCAUCUUCAUGCUCGCUGCCAUCCUCCUGGCUGUGUGGGAGUUGAUCCAGUUCGACUGCAACUACCGUGUCCCUGACAUCAGCGCUGUUCACAAGUUUUGCGGUGAGAUGGAGGGCACGCCCGUUGGUGUCAUUGUUGGCCUCUUCUCGGCCAUCUCCCAGAAGCUUCCCGCUUUCACCGAGUGGGACUCUAGGAAACACCACCACCUGCUCAACUCGAACCCUGCGGUUUGCGAUGCCAUGACCGAGGUCCGCGCGCACGUCACCAAAUAUGAACCAUACCUUCGUUCACGAAGCGACUGCAAGUUCGACCGUACAGACUUCGACUCGCUGUCAAAUAAGUUCCUCUCGAAGCUCGUCAUCCGAGCCAACUAG